CAAAAAACAAAAUGGUUGCUCUAUAAAAGAAUGUGUUUAAAAUGCAUUUUAAUGCAAAAGUACGUGCAUUGUGGUUCAAUAACUCGUUUAAUUAAAUUCACAUUAGGUAAACACCGGUAGGUUUUUGCAAAUCAAACAGUUCCGAUCUAAUAUCGAGCAUUUUUCUUUGAGAAAUUGACAUGACGCUAUGAACACGCUAGUGUAAAUAAAUAAAGUGUGAUUCGAGCAAUUCAAACCAGGAGGUUUCUAUUUAUAUGAGAAGGUUAUAUAGGUUAACAGUGCAAGCAAAGCAAAUACAAUUUAUUCAUGUUUCAUUUACGUUAAAUCUUAUUACAUAACGUAGAGUAAUUAUGUUUUUGUUGGCAUCACGUAAACAAAGCGAGCGCCUUUUCCAAAAACGGAAGUCUUACUAAUGUUGUUGCUCUGGUGUUUUAGGCUACAAGGAUGAACAACAAAACGGUCUAGAAAUGAAUGUGAACGUAUUGCAUUGGAGAUGUGGGGUGGGAUUGUCAAAUCGCUAAUUUAGCAAACUCCGCUUCUUUGCAUUAUGAGGGAAAUGGUAGGAGGUUGUUGCGUUUGUUCUGACGAUAGAGGAUGGUCUGAAAAUCCACUUGUGUACUGCGAUGGACAAUCUUGCACUGUUGCUGUUCAUCAAGCCUGCUAUGGUAUAGUUACUGUUCCCACUGGUCCGUGGUAUUGUCGCAAAUGCGAGAGUCAAGAACGGUCUGUUAAAGUGAAAUGCGAAUUGUGUCCCAGCAAACAUGGCGCUCUCAAGCGCACCGACAAUUCAGGUUGGGCUCACGUGGUCUGUGCUCUCUACAUUCCAGAAGUACGUUUUGGCAAUGUCACAACGAUGGAACCGAUUCAGCUUCAAUUAAUUCCUACAGAACGUUUUAAUAAGACGUGUUACAUAUGUGAAGAAAAGGGAAAAGCUUCCAGUGCAUCGGUUGGUGCAUGUAUGCAAUGUAAUAAGGCCGGCUGCAAGCAACAGUUUCAUGUGACUUGUGCACAGAGUUUGGGCUUGCUUUGCGAGGAAGCUGGAAACUAUUUGGACAACGUCAAAUAUUGUGGCUAUUGUCAGCAUCAUUAUAGUAAAUUGAAGAAAGGUGGUAACGUGAAAACGAUCCCUCCUUAUAAGCCCGUAUCGACGGAAAAUCACCUCUCCGAUUCAAAUUCCGAGAAGGAAGCGGAAAACAACGUUUCGACGAAAUCGUCGACUUCUUCAUCUCAACUGUCAUCAUCCAAACGCAAGACGAGUUCGAGCAGCAAAGCCUCCUCGUCUAAGACGAGUUCGAGUACGAAAAACUCGUCGAGUUCUUCAUCGUCUUCACAUCAGAAAACCGUCCAUAAUUCAAGUAGUAAAAGUUCAGAUAAACUGAAAGUUUCGAGUUCUAGUGUUAGAAGCAGUGCCAAAAGUGUCGAAGACAACAGUGUUAGUGUUGAUAGUGGUAACGCGGACAGUAAAACAGACUCUAGAGACAACAAAGUUGAUUUAGAUCAAAGUAAAACGGACGUUAAGGAUUCUAAGAGUUCGAAGAAACGUAAGAAUAAUUCGAGGACGCCUACGCCGGUGGCAUUGGUGCCCAGUGAAACUGUAAGUGUCGUCAAUUCAACAACCAGCGUCGUGGCGGAGAAUUUGACCGCAACGGCUUCUGCGGGAGAGAAGAAAGGGGUGGUCGGAGAGCCUGUGGAGAAGCCAAAAAAGAUCAAGGUGGAGACAACGCAGUCAAUUUUAACAAACCAACCAAUCGUUGCCUUAACUUCAAUAUCAACGAUAAAAACCAUAUCCAACUCUUCUAUAACAUCGUCACUAACUGACAACGUCGAAACGGCACCUUCACCAUCACUACCUCCACAAUCCAUAAUUCAAUCAGGUCCACCUCAUAGUGUAAAUUCUUUGGUGGUUUCCGUGCCUCUAACUAGUACUAGUUUAAGUCCCCAUCCUCAAAUUAUCAAUAACCAAGCAAGUGUGGUAACACCCACAUCUGUCAUACAUCCAGAAAGAGGUGUCAGUAGUCCAGGAGACAGAGACACGUCAAAUACCACAUCAGUAAACAUGACUGGCGGUAGUAGUAAUCAAGGAGGUUCGAUAAUAACCUCAGAAAUGAGUGGAGGUGGCUUAAAAAUAACUUACGAGAAGCAGGAUGCAGUCACAAUGGAGGUGGACAUGGAAUUGGAAGUUUCUCCGUCGAAUCAAGACUUGGCUUCGAAAAGAUCUCAUUCGGUGGAAAAAUCCGAGAAAGGUGGUCGAGGAAAGAAACGAAAUUCAGGAGGAGCAAAUGGGAUUAUUAAUCAGUUGAAUAAUACUUCGAUUUCUUCAUCGUCAGUGAAACGUUCCAGUAGAUCUCAGAAUUCAACCCCGCCACAGCCGGGGGCUUUCGCCAGUAUAAGUCAGUCACAGAUUAAGGAUUCGCCACCGAGUAGUCCCAGCUCGGAAAGUCAGGGUGCUGCGUCGGUGCAGAAUGGUCGAGGGAAAUCAAAAUCUAGGAAGAGUGCUCCUUCAUCUCUUGCAAGGUCGCAGUCACCAAAAGAUAUGAAAGAUAUAAAAUUUUUCCAGAAUGGAGUGACAGCCCCGCAUAUGCUGGGCAAUCAGCUGAAUCCCAAUUCCAACAUGGCACAAAAAAUGUCCGAUCAUCUAAAUUCCGAAUUGGAAGCGCAUAGUAUUUUCAGCGCAAGUGAUAAUUCAACCAUGAUGGGUCCUCAGCUUCAUCAUCGAGUGAUCGCUUCGGCAAGGGCAAGCAGUGUAGGUGGUUCGAGUACUGCUUCUGCCGGGAGCGGUUUUUCAUCAAUGUUAGGAGGUGGAGGUGGUAACAUACCUCAAACACUAGACCAGUUGCUUGAAAGGCAAUGGGAACAAGGAUCUCAAUUUUUAAUGGAGCAAGCUCAACAUUUUGACAUUGCGUCUUUAUUGUCUUGUCUCCAUCAACUACGUGCUGAAAAUUUAAGACUGGAAGAACACGUCAGUUCGUUACUUCAGAGAAGAGAUCAUUUAUUGGCUGUUAAUGCUAGGUUGGCGAUUCCGUUGACAGGUCAACCUGCGACACCUCAAUCUUCCCACGCUCAUACAGUCAACAACAUACACCCUGCUGUGGGGGCUAGUCACGGCGAUGUGCCUAGAACAGGGCGACAUAGCGGAAACGGUGCCAACUACCCCGCCCAUCCUCAGGGUUCGCAACAUCCGAGUGUAGCCCCGGUCGAAAACGGUUUAGCCUCAGAUCCCUCUCAACCGUAUUCCACUUCGCAUUCGCAUCGAAGUCCAGCAACGAGUCAAUCUCAACCCAGUCCAUCGGUUAGACAUUCGCCGGCUGGUUCAGGGUAUCCCAAUAGUAGUCUGCUUCGACAAAAUGCAGACACUAGUGGACGCUCUGCACCAAGACCUCAACCAUAUCCAUUGUAUCAGGGGCAGGGGCCUUCGUCGCAACAACAGAUGGUAAUUAGAAGAGACUCAGAUAUAUAUCAUCAGUCAUCAUCGAAACCUAGCUGAGAGUAUGUGGAUCCAUCGUUUAGCAUAACGAGACUUCUAGACUUGCAUUGACAAAUCACUAAAUACACAAUUUGUUGAUUAUCCUUGAAUCAUUGUACAAUGAAAAUAUGGACUUUCAUAAAUUGGUUUUUCUUAAAAGCAGAAAAACGUAAUCACGCAUUCGUUUUUCUGACUUUAUGAAAAUAAAAACAGUCAUUCUCAUUAUUCAUCAUGAACGUUGGAAUGGUCGAAUUGUAAGAAUUGAAGAUUUUAAUUUUAUUUAUUGUUAGAGAUGCAUAUACAAUGAUCUCUGUUUCUAACCGUACUUAAUAUUUAAAUAUGUCCAGGCAUAUCCUGUUGACUAGAUAUAAUACACGUAUUCCAUGUAAUUUUAAAAAUUUUACCAACUACUUGAAAUAUGUUAUAACUAAAGAAGUAAGAAUUAAAAUAAAGAGUUAUUUACAAUUAAUUUUUAUGAUUUAGUUAAUGUCUAUACAGCUUUUACAAAUCCAAUGAAAUCUUUGUUUAUAACCUAUAGGCCCAGUUUUUUUGGUAAUUUUUCAAGAUUAUAAUAGUUUCCUUGUGUAAAAAUCUGUCAACGGCUCAGUAACUUGGAAAUUGAAAAUCGAUAAUACAGCUUUUUUAGUUUUGUGGUUAAUUGUUAAUAAAAUUAAAAUUGUACAUUUUCAACUGAAGCUUUAAAAGUAUCAUUAACAUAAUUGUGUUCUAUUUGAGUGAGUAAGGCGUAUUUCCGCAAUUUUAUUUUUAAUUAGGGUAAUGUUUUAGCUUUAUUUGGUUUCAUUUAUUGUAGAGUUAAUUAUUACUGUCUCACUGCCACUGCAAUAUGCUCAAUUAUGUUUCUAUUGCCUCUAGUCAGAUUUUAAAAACAGUAAUAAAAAACCGACGUUUGUUGACGAUAAGGUUGUUAAUGUAUAAUUAAGAUGCAUGCGAAGUUUUUCAUGGUUAAAAAUGCGUGAAGCUUAAAAUUUUGCUAAAUGUACAAUGUUAGAGUGACAAUGUAUAGUUUUAGUUUAAUACUCAGGGAUUUUACUAGAAGAAUAAUAACAUAUUGUAUCACAAAGCUGGUUCAUAAACGAAGUCUUUAAUAGUUUUAAGUUACGCAUUUUUAUGCCAGUAACAAUGCCAUAUUAGCUAAUUAUUCAGUGUAAAUAUUAAUAACAUAAUUUUGUGAUUUUAUUUUGUAUAUUUGUUAGUUUAGUAAUGAACACGCAAUUCAUUUAAUUUUCUUGUACAAACCAUUGUCGAAAAUAGUAAUAGUUUUGUAAUAUGAAAAACUGAAAUUACAAAUAUCCCUAUUUUUUUGCAAAUAUUUUUGGGAUUUUUUGUACUUUUAUAAAGUAAGAUUUGUAGAAAGUAAGCAUAGACUAUGUAUGUGAAUGUUGUUUGUAUAUUUUGUAAUAUUUGAUUUUGUUUUUGUUAUGUAAGAUAUAGAAUUUGUAGGAUAAAA